AUGGGCGCCAAUGAUCAUCAACUGUAUCUAUCUUCACCUGAUUCAACAUAUUCAAGAUCAUCAUCAAGAUCAUCACAAUCAUCAACUUCAUCAGUAUUAUUAAAUAAAACUCCAAUAUCAUCAAAAAGUAAAUCAUUCUUAAUUUCGGAUAUAUUAAAACCAAAUUUUGGUAAUCAUAAUAUUGAAAAAUCAAACAUUCCUUUAUCAUCAUCAUCACCAACAACAACAAAUGAUUCAUCAUCAUCAUCGAAUGCAAAUCGUGGAGAAGCAGGGUUCCCAGCAUGGGUUUAUUGUACAAGAUAUUCUGAUCGACCAUCAGCAGGUCCUCGUGCCCGAAAACCUAAACCAUGCGAGACAAUUGAUUCCAAACGGCCACGAACUGCAUUUACAAGUAGUCAAUUAGCACGUUUAAAAGAUGAAUUUGAUCGAAGUAAAUAUUUAACGGGCGAACGUCGACAAGUUCUAGCUAAUGAAUUAGGUUUAAAUGAAUCACAAAUUAAAAUCUGGUAUCAAAAUAAACGUGCAAAAAUAAAGAAAACUUCAGGUGUACGAAAUACAUUAGCUUUACAAUUAAUGGCACAAGGUUUAUAUAAUCAUGUAUCGUCCAUGAAUAAAAACUCUUGA